CUCUUAACAGCAGGGAGGGGAUGAUUGAGCAGAGUGGCAGAGGGGCUGGGAGACAAGUCCUGCUGCAGUCCUCAAAAGUGUACAGCUGUCAGAUACCCGGAGAAGGGGAAGGGCGUGUGAGAGCAGCCUGCCUCUGCUCCUCCUGCCUGACAGCUUCAGGGGUUUGUGACAUCGUGCUUCUUCGGAACGCUGGAGUCUGUCUGAGUGCAGCUACUGAAAGGUCACACAGCUGGUCGUGAACGCUGGUCUCCUUUCAAGGCUGAGCGGAUCAUUAAUGAGUGAAUGGGCUCUGCUGGGAAGGCUUGUCCUGACACCAUGACAGCUGAUGAGUCAGAAGCUGGAGAGUUAGCUCUGGAGCCCCUGCUCACUUGCAAGCUAUGUCUCUGUGAAUAUUCCCUGGACAAAAUGACCACACUUCAAGAAUGCAGCUGCAUCUUUUGUACAUCGUGCCUAAGACAGUACCUGCAGCUGGCAAUUCAAGAAGGCUGUGGUUCUCCCAUCACGUGUCCAGACAUGGUAUGCUUGAAGAAUGGGACCCUACAAGAAGCAGAGAUUGCCUGUUUGGUGUCUGUUGACCAGUUUCAGUUAUACAAGAGGCUGAAGUUUGAACGAGAAGUCCACUUGGACCCCCUAAGAACGUGGUGCCCUGCAGCUGACUGCCAAACAGUGUGCCAUGUUGCAGCGAGCGAGUCGGGAGCGCCAGUGCUGGUGGAGUGCCCAGCUUGCUACCUGACCUUCUGCUCCUCUUGCAAGGAUGCAUGGCACCCACAGCGCCCGUGCCAGGACAGCCAAAUCACUUCGGUACCAACUGAGCAGGGAUCACUUAUUGGAAUGGAGGCACCAGUUAAGCAGUGCCCAGUCUGUCGGAUCUAUAUUGAGCGAAACGAGGGCUGUGCUCAGAUGAUGUGCAAGAACUGCAAGCACACGUUCUGCUGGUACUGUCUACAGAACUUGGACAACGAUAUCUUCUUAAGACAUUAUGACAGAGGACCUUGCAGAAACAAGCUGGGCCACUCGAGGGCUUCAGUGAUGUGGAACAGAACACAGGUUGUGGGGAUCCUCGUUGGACUAGGUAUCAUAGCAUUAGUCACCUCUCCAUUGCUGCUCGUGGCAUCUCCAUGCAUCAUCUGCUGCAUUUGCAAAUCUUGCCGAAGCAAGAAGAAAAAACACAGCCCUCCAACAACUUAAAAAUCUGUCUGUUUGAGCCUCCAUCUGUACAGCAUAUGUAUGUGAGAAAGCACAAUGGUUGUCUUUUGGUGCCAUAUCUACCAAAUAAUACUCCCUUUUUUGCCA